AUGCCCCUUCGUCUUCUUCCCCCUCACCCAACCUUCCCCUAUCACUCUUCUCGUUCCUCCGCCGACUCCCUCUCCUUCCCACUCCCUCCGCUCCCUCUCCGUACCCCUCCCCUCCUCCACUCUCUCCCCCCCCACCCCCCUCCUCCCCGUCCCCUCUUCCUCCCCCCCUCUUCCUCCCCCCCUCCCACUCCGCCCCUUCCCCUCUUUCCUCUCUCCCCUCCCCCCCCCCCCCCCCCCCCCUCCUACGCCCACUUCCCCUCCCCCUUCCCGCCGCGCUCCCCCCCAACACAGGUCGGCAAGGACAAGCGCGCGCUGAAGCUGGCGAAGCGGAAGCUGGGCACCCACCGCCGCGCCAAGGUGAAGCGCGAGGAGAUGCAGACUGCUCUCCGCAAGAUGAGGUCCGCUCCCAAUCCACGUGGGAAGCACGUGUCAACCACGUGCCACAAGAUGAAUAUCGUGCGUAACCGUAUCGCGCGACUCGGAUCCGCGUCGCUUCAGUCCACGUCAGAGCCAGCUCUCCACGCCCGUCUGCUGACGUCACUCGCCGCCCCACUCGCCGCCGCCGCAUCCUCCGCCGUCUCUUCCGCCGCUGCGGCGGAAGCCGCCGGCGGAAGCGCAAGCACAGGCGCAGCCGCGGAGGUUCCGCCGAGCGCCGCCGCUUCCCCAGCGGCAGCCGCCGCGGGCGCAGCGGCUGGCGGAGCGGCGGGGGAGGCGGCGCAGGGGGGAUCCCGCGGAUCGCGGAAUCCGCUCCUGCGCGCAGCGCAAGCCGUAAUAGGCUCCGCCGUUCUGGGCGUUGGCGGAGGGUGCGCGUACGUGACCUAUGGUACGUCGCGAAGGCUUUCCCCAUCUCCGCUUUCCCCUUCUCUCCUUUCCCCUUCUCUCCUUUCCCCUUCUCUCCUUUCCCCUUCUCUCCUUUCCCCUUCUCUCCUUUCCCCGUUCUUUCCUUCUCGCUCCCCUUUCCCCUCCCCUCCUCCCAUUUCACUUCCUCUCACCCCACUUCCCCCGCUCCCCCUUCUCCCCCUUCUCCCCCUUUCCCCUCCGCUCACAGCGUAUGAGACAAAGGAUGUGAUUCAGUGGACCAAGGAAAAGAGAGAGGAGAUUCGCGAGAGACCUAAGGAGGGGCUGGAUGGAUUGAUGACCAAGGGGCUAAAUGCUGCUGUGGACGUGGCCCAAUGGUAUGUCGACACGCGGGCAGACCUGGAAGAGCGCAUUCAUAAGUUCAACCAGCCGGCAUCCGAUCGACUCCUCCCUGACCUCACACCCCAGGAAGCGCACGUGUACACGCUCGUGCUGGACCUAGAAGGAACCCUUGUGCAUUCUGAGUGGAAGAGGGACCGCGGGUGGCGCACGUUCAAGCGGCCGGGCGCAGAGGCGUUUCUCGAGCGAAUGGCGCAGUUCUUCGAGGUGGUGGUGUUCUCAGACCAGCUCAACCUGUCAGUUGACCCGAUUCUGGACCGGCUGGAUCAGAAGGGGUGCAUUCGCUACCGGCUCUACCGGGAUGGGACUCUCUACACUGACGGGAACUAUGUGCGGGACCUUUCAAAGCUCAACCGCGACCCAAACAAGGUCAUCUACAUCAGCUCUCUGCCAGAGUCGGACCUUUCAAAGCUCAACCGCGACCCCAACAAGGUCAUCUACAUCAGCUCUCUGCCAGAGUCCGUACUGCAGAAGGAGAACUUUAUCCCCCUAUUUGCCUGGAAGGACCUAUCCAAGCUGAACCGCGACCCCAACAAGGUUAUCUGCAUCAGCUCUCUGCCAUUCGUCCUCUUUCCCUGCUCCCAUCAGGACCUAUCCAAGCUCAACCGUGAUCCAAACAAGGUCAUCUACAUCAGCUCUCUGCCCGAGUCAGUGCUUCAGAAGGAGAAUCUCGUCCCUCUCUCUGCGUGGAAGGUCACGGGAGCAGACACUGCACUCCUAGACCUCCUCCCGUUCCUCGAAUGUGAGUGA